CUCCAUCAUCAUCACACAGACAGUUCUCUCAUUUCUCUUCCCCUCACCAUCUUCUUCUACCUCCAGUACCGACACCUUCAAUAGCAAUUUCUCCGAUCGCGCUAGGAAGGGGUCUAAUGGUAGACUCUCCUUCGCACCACCGUGAGCGCUCCUUGCACUCGCCUUCCACCGCUGCCUCCUCGUCGAACAGAACCUUCGAUCUCGCUCUGGAACUACUUGUAAGGGGCGCAAGGGAAGGUUCAGCGACAGUGUUCCAGGACUCACAGACAUGCUUCGUCACCAUUCAUUAAUCUUCGUGCGGAUUUUGACAUGUUCAGUUCGCAGUGUGCGUUAUGUCUAUGGCACCAACCAUUCCCAAUGCGAAUGCGACGAGCCUUUGCUCCUACACUACUUAUCCAAUGGCUGCCACCAUGAAGCGCGAAACCUCCUUCAAAAUUCUUCUGGAGGUGACCUUCACGCACGUGUGGUUCGUUGGACCAAGCUACUCUCCAACUUCUCCCGCCACGGUUACGUGGCCGAAGCUCGCACACUGUACGACAUAAUGCCUCACAGAAACCUCUUCACUAGCAAUGUCAUGUUGACAGCGUACGUCCGCUCAGGCACGCUCGACGAAGCUUCCCGGUUCUUUGAGACCAUGUUGGAGAAGAACGUUGUUUCUUGGACUGCCAUGCUAUGUGGGUUUUCAGAUGCAGGGAGGAUCGAAGAUGCGAGGAAGGUGUUCAAUGUAAUGCCUGAGAGGAAUGUUGUUUCGUGGAACGCGAUGGUGGUGGCGUUGCUUAGGAGUGGGGAUUUGGAGGAUGCGAGGAUGGUUUUUGAGAAGACUCCUUUCAAGAAUGUGGUUUCGUGGAAUGCUAUGAUUGCAGGGUAUGCUGAGAGUGGUAGAAUGAACGAGGCUAGAGAAUUGUUUGAGAAGAUGGAGUUUAAGAACGUGAUUACUUGGACUAGCAUGCUAUCUGGUUAUUGCCGUGAGGGGGAUGUUGAAGGUGCUUUUUGUUUGUUUCAGGCUAUGCCGGAGAAAAAUAUUGUUUCUUGGACUGCUAUGAUUGGUGGGUUUGCUUGGAAUGGCUUGUAUGAAAAGGCAUUGCAGCUUUUUAUUGAGAUGAUGAGAGUUUCUGAUGCCCAACCCAACGGAGAGACCUUUGUUUCUCUUGUUUAUGCUUGUGGUGGUUUGGGUUUUUCUUGCCUUGGCAAACAGGUACAUGCUCAGCUUAUUGUUAACAGUUGGGGGAUUGAUGAUUAUGACGGUAGGUUGCAUAGAGGUCUUGUUAGGAUGUACUCUGGGCUUGGUAUUAUGGAUUCUGCUCGCAACGUGUUUGAAAGUAAUUUGAAAGACUCUGAUGAUCAGUGUUUCAAUUCCAUGAUAAAUGGUUAUGUUCGGGCCGGUCAGUUGGCUAGAGCUCAAGAGUUGUUUGACAUGGUACCCACUAGGAACAAGGUUGCAUCGACUUGCAUGAUUUCUGGCUAUCUUAGCGCCGGCCGAGUACUGGAGGCUUGGAAUUUGUUUAAUGACAUGCCUGAUAGGGAUUCCAUUGCAUGGGCUGAGAUGAUUUAUGGGUAUGUGCAGAAUGAGCUCAUUGCUGAAGCCUUCUGCUUAUUUUCUGAGAUGAUGGAUCGUGGUGUUCCUCCUAUGAGUUCUACAUAUGCUGUUCUAUUCGGAGCUAUGGGUUCAGUUGCAUAUCUAGAUCAAGGGCGGCAAUUACAUGGUAUGCAGUUCAAGACUGUGUAUGAAGAUGAUUUGAUUCUUGAGAACUCUCUAAUUGCAAUGUAUGCAAAAUGUGGGGAGAUAGAUGAUGCGUAUAGGGUAUUCUCUAACAUGACUUACCGGGAGAAAAUUUCUUGGAACUCCAUGAUCAUGGGUCUUUCAGAUAAUGGCAGGGCCAGUGAAGCUAUAAAAGUGUAUGAAACUAUGCUUGAACUUGGAAUUUAUCCAGAUGACCUUACAUUCCUGGGUGUCCUAACAGCAUGUGCUCAUGCGGGUCUUGUUGAUAAAGGGCGGGAGUUUUUUAUUGGCAUGGUCAAUGCUUUUGCUAUUAAACCUAGCUUGGAGCAUUGCAUCAGUAUUAUCAAUCUUCUGGGUCGAGCAGGAAAGGUGAAGGAUGCAGAGGAGUUUGUUUCGAAGCUUCCUGUUGAACAAAAUCAUGCCGUUUGGGGGGCUCUAAUUGGAGUGUGUGGGUUGAGUAAAAAUUAUACAGACGUCGCUACGCGUGCAGCCAAACAACUGUUUGAAUUGGAUCCUUUCAAUGCGCCUGGGCAUGUGGCCCUUUGUAACAUAUAUGCCGCAAAUGAUAGGCAUAUCGAGGAGAUGAGAUUAAGGAAAGAAAUGAGGUUGAAGGGUGUGAGGAAGGCACCCGGAUGUAGUUGGAUAUUGGUGAAGGGGAAAGUUCAUAUUUUCUUCUCAGACGAUAAAUUGCAUGCGUGUCUUUAAGAGAAGUUAUUUACCUGGCUUCCACUAUUUUAGAAUUUUGAGAAUGCAAAAGGAUAUAAGAUAUGUACAUUAAAACUCAGCACAUGAUGUGAAUCAUUGAAGUCAAAACAUCAAGAUUUCGCCUGUAUAAA